UUGUAGAUAUAAACUCUUUUUUUAAAAAAAAGAAAUGAAAUGUUAUAACUAAUCUUUACUCUAUAAGAAAACAAAACAAAAUGGCCAUAGAUAAAUCUCGUGCAGUAAUAGAUAAAUCAGAUAUGAUACCUGAAAUGGAAGAUGAUGCUGUUUAUGUAGCUGCAAUCGCAAUGGAAAAGCAUAAUAUUGAUAUGCAUAUUGCAAGUUAUAUUAAACAUGAAUUUGAUCGUAAAUACAAAGCAACAUGGAAUUGUAUUGUUGGUAAAAAUUUUGGUAGCUUUAUACAUCAUGACAGAGGAGGAUUUGUGAGCUUUCGUUUAAAUGGUUUAAAUGUACUAUUGUUUAAGCUGGGAUAAGUUUAAAACAAUACCUUGUAUGAAUCAUCUAUAUACCGUUUUAAUAAGAAUUAUAUGAU